ACUUCCCGUCUCAUAUUACGCCUUCACCAAUACAUCGACCGCACCUGCCACAAACUCCAACACAUAUCCGCUUUGCAAACUCCUUCCUCCCGUCUUCGUUGCGCCUUCACCAAUAUAUUGGCCUCGCCCGCACCUGCAACAUACUCCAACCCCAACUUCACCUAGCAAACUGCUUCCUCCAUCAUCCGCAACAAUGACCACAGUCUCAGUUCGCCGUGGACACGCCACCAUCGGCGCCAUCAUCAGCGAGGUCCAGCAGUAUCUGCCGCCGGACACCACCGACCGUCCUGGCUACAAGCACUGCCACAUCACGUACCGGCUUUUAGCCAACACAUACAAGCGCGCCGAGGACUCCGACGCCCCCGAAAAGGUCUACAAGGAGCUUCGGCAACUCGAGAUCGAGCUCCGACGCCGCCUAGCCAACUUGGAAUCCUCCAAGGGCGUCCCUGCCAAGAUGACGGCGCUCCUGAACGAGCUCAAGGCUGCCCUCGACGACGCCUUGGCUGGGGGCGUCGACCUGGACUUUUUGAUCCAGGGCAUGGUCGACCUCCUGGAGGACAAGCCCGUGGGCCAGUCGGCGCCGAAGACGGAGCCGGAGCCGGUGUUGACGGUGCCAAAGUGGAAGCUCGAGAAAGUGGAGGCCGAGCUCGCGGAGGCGAAGGAGAAGAUUCGGAGGCUGAAUGAGGAGAAUAAUUCGUUGGUCAUGGCGAACAAGAAGUUGGAGUCAGACCGCGAUUUAUUGGCCUACAUGGGGAAGGGGAAGAAAGGACGGCCGACAAGCUACGCAUGAUGUUUCACGGAAUAACUUGCGACGCGAUUGCGGGAAACGGCAUCUGAGUGGACGGCAGUGUGCACCAUGUGAGCUUGACAUUGCAUGGAUGCGAUCCGAGGAAACAUGGGACAUGUACAAAUUGUUUGUUUAGAUCUGAUAAUGCAGGUGUUGAUUUUCCAACGUAACACAAACGG